AAUUAUGAAGUUCCGCUUGUGGCAUUUAUUUUGAAGUACAUUUAAUCACGUUAUCGCCGUAUGACAAGUUACAGAUGUAGGUAAAUAGCCUUGGUUGAAUUGUAAAUUUUAUUUUUUAAGACAUGCACUGAAUUAAUUUGAAUUGAAUCUGAACACGAUUGUGUUCAUUUUAAAUCACAAAUUUAUUCAGAUGCGUUGUGCUCAGCAAGGAAGUGGUCAUUUUCACAACCAAUUCAUUUGCUGUUGGUCAAAAUGGACAAGGGUUGCUUGAAAGCAAAGAAAAUGUUUCAGUUUGAAAAUAAAUGCCACAAGCGGAACUUCAUAAUUACACUUUGUGUAUACUUUAACUUCAUAUUGCUGGGUUGGACGUAUGGCCAGCUUGGCACUGCGUUCGUGGACAUACAGCAGAUCCUUUCCACGAGCGUCCAACAGACGUCACUUAUCUUCACCAUGAACUCGUGCGGCUACAUGUUGGGAUCCCUACUUAUCGGAGCCCUGUACGACCGCGUACCCAAACUCAAACUGCUCGGACUCUUGACCAUAUUGAACGGGGUAACAAGCGCCUUGCUUCCGUGGUGUUCCUCCUUUGGGUUGUUUCUCUUUGUUCGUCUCGUGGACGGGACGCUGUGUGGAGGCAGAGACGGAGGAGGAAAUGCAAAGGUGUCGUCGUGCUGGGGAUUUGCCGUUCGUCCGUACAUGCAGGCCUUACAUUUUACGUACGCAUUUGGGGGAAUUAUCUCACCCAUUGUAACAAGCCAUUUUCUCGCGCCUAGAAUCACGUUGCGCAACCCGACAACUAACGUCUCGUAUGGAAAUGGUACAAACACCAGUGCGUUUGUACAGUCAUCGAACAGACACGGGGAUUACAACAACAGUAUGGUCGAUGAUGAAAGAGCUGAGCAUUCAUUUACGGUAAUUGAUACAGAUAAAUGGGGAACAUUUAACAAUUCGAAUAGCAUAAUAGACGAAACAGUUGUAUAUGGAGAGAGUCACGUUCAUAUUGCGUUUGCGGUAACAGGAAUAUUGACGGCCUUGUCUGGAUGCCUGUACCUCGUGCUGUACGGCUUCGGGUAUGAAACUGUACCUUCCUAUCAACCCACGGUGGAUUCCCCACCGCAAAACGUCAUUAAAGAUCAUGGUAUUCCUCAUCACACAAGGGCAUCGUUAUCUAGAUCACAGACAGUCGUAUUUCUUAUUGUAUUCGGGGGUGCUUUUGUUGCGUACUGCGCCAUUGAAUGCAAAUAUCAGUCCUUUAUUAUGCCGUAUGUCACUAAUCAAUUGAAGUGGACGAAACAAAUGGGAGCCUUUCUUAUUGCCCUUGUCUGGGCCUCAUUUGGGAGUGGACGUUUUGUUAAUAUAUUCAUAUCGAGGUUUGUGUCUUCCCAAAAUAUGAUCAUCGGUUACCUGAUUCUUCUACUGCUCGCAUCUGCUGGUGUCUAUCUGGAGGGAGGGUUGGGUGUGGCACAUACCACGUGGAUUAUGGUACCCUUGGCUGCAUUUGCUAUGGCACCAAUGUAUCCAACAUUUAUUGUUUGGAUACAAGAAAACAUCAUGGAUUUUACCGGUAAAAUUAGCGGAAUUUUUAUGUUUACAGGAGCCCUUGGAUUUAUGAUUGAUCCACUCUAUAUUGGAUAUUUGAUGGAACAUUUCUCGCCGCUAUACCUGAUAUAUAUCAAUGUGAUUCAAUGUUCGUUUUGCCUGGGGAUAGUUUUGCUACUUACAUGUCAAAUAAGAAAGCUAAAGAGAAAGAUUAGGCCCGGUAAAGCGGAUGAAAUUCUUAGUGAAACAUAACUGUAACUUAUGUCACAAAUGGACUUGUGUUGGAGUGCUAAACCUUAGAGACGUCUUCUCCUAAUCUAGUGACCUAAUCUUGUGGACCAGCAGAACGAUGGUAGUGUAUUUUGUAGCAUUUGUUAUACUCAAAAUACGUGUGCAGCCUUGAAAAAUCUGACGUUACAUCAUGGCAUUUCCGUUCUCAAAAAACCAAUGCAAAUGUACGCAAGAAAGCACUAUUCAUUUGAACCGACAUGGAAGCACGUUUGUUUAUACACACUCUUUUAAAAACUGAUGCAGGAACUGUUGGUAUAAUCAGGUCACUCUAAAAAAAGUACACUGCAAAAUAACAUGAAGAUGUUAUUCAUACAUAAAGUGCAAUUGUUUCCUGAAUUAUACUUUUUUGAAUAAAACCAAAAACGAAAAAGGAGCUGUUUUAGAAUGCUCUGUAUGCAAACGAUCUACAUAAUUAUAUGUAUUAUGCCUUAAUGUAUUAAUCAUAAAUGCAUCCUAGACUCUUAGCGUCUGACCCCGUGCUCAUUUGUCUAGACUAUAACGUUUAAACUGUCUUCUGUGUUAUCUAGAGGUUAAAGAAAGUGUGUAUGGAAAUAAAUAAAACACAAAUUUGCAUAUUUGCGUUCCGUCGUUGAAAAAAAAAUCUUAGAUUAAUGCACCAACGUAUCAUAGUAGGUAGUUUCCCUCAAAUAAAUGUGCGUGUUCGUGUUUUAGCAUGUAAAAGUAUGUAAAAUAUGUAUAUUACUCCGAAAAUGAGUUCUUGGAUAGCCCAAUUACACUCUACUUAUUUACUAUGGGGUUCUUUGAUUGUUAGUUGCACACAAAUAUAUAU